GGAUGCUUUAUCAGUGUCAGACUGCUGUUUUUUAUUAUCACUUUUAUUAUUAUAUACAUUUGUUAUGCCAAAUGUUUAUCCAGUCAGCCCUGAUGCGAUAUACUCGACCUACUCUGCCUAUUCUGUACAACGGGAACCCAUUAUACUCCCUAGUUUAAGCCCAUUGUGAACCCAUUUGGAAUGACUGUGGAAAGGUUUGCCCAUGAAUUAGUCUCUAGGAGCUGGAAAUAUUUCAUCUAACAAUAAUCGAAGAGACACUGCGGUUCCAUCCAGGAUGGAGCCGGGGGCGACCUAUGUCCAGAAACUCCCCUCAGGAAAAGUCGGAUUCGUUCGUCGUCCAAUAAAGAUCAAACCGGCCAAAUCGAUACUCGCUGAUGCGUUUCUCCCUAAUCGAGAUGGCUCUGCGUGGAGUUUCCCCUAUUCCUACAACCUGGAUGCGCCUCUUCCUAUUGAGACUGGCCCUAAGGAGACUGACCAGCCCAUACCCUUGACGGAUGGCCCGGCUCAGAUGUAUAACCAUGGACGAGAGUACCCGCACCAGUUAGCUACGAGAAGAUACGAUCCAGUAUCACCCAAUCUGUAUCAUCGUGAUGCUGCUCUUCCUCCCCCGGCACCGUCCCCUAUACUCGAGCCCCUAAGCCCGACUUACUCUAGGGCACACGCAACUCCAGCACCAGAGACAAGACACAGAUGUGCAGUGUGUGGACGCUACCGUUCUCCUUCAUAUCAACAUCGGCAUCCCAUUAUCCCAGGACAGAUACCUCCUACUAGCGUGUGCCGAAAAUGCAGGUUCACCUACACUUCUAGCGGAGAGAGUACUGAAAGCGAUGAAUCAGACAGGCGAUCCAGAGGCCGAAGACGCAGUAGAAGGAGGCGCAAUAGACCCAGACCUAUAUUUGACAAGGAGCCUUCUGCUCAACCAGCUCCAAUUCCUCGGAUACUUCAAGCUCCUACGCCCCAGACCAGCCAGCCUCAGGAACCUUCUACUCCUAGUCCUGCUCCUGCUCCUCCGCCUCCGCCUCCCCCACCCCCUCCACCGCCACAGCCCCCUGCCACAAAGAUAGAGUCGUCUCCUCAUAUAUUCCACUUUUGUCCAAACCCUCCUGGUCUAUGCACGUUACGCAGUCAGAGAGAUUCUCAUGAUUAUGGUCUUCCAACACCUAUCAGCAGCCCUCACUGCUGUACUGAACCGAGCUACCACUCGCUCCCCGACUAUAGAGACACAUGCAGCUCUUGUUGCUAUCAGAGACACGGCCAGCGUCAUUACCAUCAAGAUUGCCACCAUGGCCAUUACUGCCGCCGAGAACCUAGGCUUUAUCCCUCCCAAAAGUUCAGGAGCUUCGACGAUGUUCAGAUUGUUCCAUCUGAUGAUCCUAGAAGACAAUGCAUUCACAGGGAACCAUUGCCUUUGAGACAAGCUGAGCGUACUGUUGUCAAAGAUGCCAACUCUUGGUCAAUGCCGGCAACUGGGAAUUGGGAUGAUAGCAAUGAACGGGUAAGAAAACCCAGGUCCCCUACACCUUCACCAUCACCAGUGCGAGAACGACGCUACGUUGAACCGCGUCAAUUCUCUUCUUCGCUAAGGGGCGCACGCCCUCCGCAAGCAAAGGUAUGUCGAUUUGCGUCCGACGAACCACAAAGUCAGCCCAAUGUCCAAUAUCAAACUUGGGAGGACGACCGCCCCAAAAGGCAGUACAGCCGUGUUAUAUCGCGAGGCGACGAUAAUAAUAACGAAGAGAGCGGCUGGUAUGACACACCGGAUUAUGAGAGACCAGUCUCUACGCGGCCCUCUAGAAAUGUCAGCAUGCAACGGCAGCCUUCCCGAGUAGAAACAGAAAGAGCCCCUUCAGAAAUCCUGGUCGUUCCGAAGCCUCGGCGUCAGUUCGAGGUCAGGUAUGGGACAUACCAACCGGAACAGCAACGGGACUAUGAGUAUAGAGAGCCUCGGCCAGAGACCCGUUUUAGGGAAUAUGAACCCUCAAAUCCCAGGAGAGUGACGACCGUCAACAAACGGAGCUAUGCAUACCCCGUGAUACGUGAUGAACAGGAAGAGGAGGAUGCAGGCCAGGGGUAUAGUGACCCAAGGUACGAGAAGUGGAAUAAAAGUCGUUAUGCCAGCCGUGAAAUCAUUGAGGGGCCACGAGGGACAUAUAAUCCUCCAACCGCCCGAAAUCCGAGUGGUCAGCAAUAUAAGACGCGAGAGAGGUCGGUUGUCUGGUAG